AUGACUUAUACAAUCACCGUCGUUUUCCCCAACGAGCCCGAUGCCCAAUACGACAUCGAUUACUACACCAAUGUUCACAUGAGGCUAAUUGAGAAGCAUUGGUCAAAGUAUGGUCUCAAGAGCUGGUCUGUCACCAAGUUUGGUCCGUCCUUGGAUGGUACAGCCCCUAUGUAUGCCGUUGGUAGCCGAGUACACUGGGAAAGUGAGGAGGGGAUGAAGAGAGCAUUUGAGAGCCCCGAGGUCCCGGAGAUUAUGGGCGAUGUUGUCCACUUCAGCAACAAGCAACCUAUUUUCCUAUUUGGCGAGACUGUACAGCCUUCUCCCAAUCCUUGA